CAAUAGAUUCAAGCUCACACGAGCUUGCUAGUUGCUACCCUCACAGAAAAAAACGAAGUAGAAGAAGAAGAAGAAGAGAGAGAGAAGAGAGACAGAACGAGAGUCCCGAUGGCAUCAACGACUAGGGCUCUUCUACUAUCUCGAUUCAGUGACCUCUCCCUCCAUUUACAAAACCCUAAAUCCCCAAUUUCUCACCACAGCAAUAAUUCAAUCAAGCCCUUUCAUUUCAUUAAAAAACAGCAAUCUUUAUCUCAAUUACAUCGUUAUUCUUCAUCUUUUAAUCCAGCUGUUGUGAAUUGUGUCUUUUCUGGCGUUGAUGGUGGUGGCGGAGGUGGUUUAGCUGAUGAAUUUGUUUCAACUAAUAGAAAAUCUGGAUAUUUUGAUCGUGAAUUCUCUGUAAUUGAAAAUAUGUUGAAAAAGAUUGAACCUUUGGAUACUUCUGUUAUUUCCAAAGGGGUUUCAUCUGCAGCUAAAGAUUCCAUGAAGAAAACUAUUUCAACUAUGCUUGGUUUACUUCCUUCUGAUCAGUUUUCAGUCACAAUUAGGGUUUCUAAAGGUCCACUUGAUCAUCUUCUUGCUUCUUCCAUCAUCACUGGGUAUACAUUGUGGAAUGCAGAAUAUAGGGUUCAUUUGAUGAGGAAUUUUGAUAUAUCUCCUGGUAGUAAUCAGGCAUCACCUUAUUUUCGAGUACCCGAGGAAGGUUCAGAUAAUGAUAUUGAGAAGAGUGGGGAAGAAGGCGAGGAUGGUGUGAUAGAGGAGAAGAAAAUGGGUGAAAAUUUGGUGGAUAGUGGAAUACCAGAAAGUCUUGGUGAACUGUCACCAGAAGUUGUGAAUUAUAUAAAAAUGCUCCAAUCAGAAUUAGCUUCUGUAAAGGAACUGAAUUCACAAAAGCAAGAAACUAUGCAGUCUGAAUAUAAGGAAGAGAAUAAUGAUCUAUUAGGCUACUUGCGGUCGUUGGACCCUGAUAUGGUGACUGAAUUAUCUCGACCAUCAUCAUCGGAGGUGGAAGAAAUUGUUCAUCAACUUGUGCAGAACAUAAUGCAAAGAUUUUACAAAGACGACCCUGCGUCUAGCUUCUUUGAAGAUUCAGUCUUUGGAGAAAUAGGAAGCUAUCCAGGUAGUGAUGUGGACCCUGACUCUGUAGGCACUUCCCGGGAUUACCUAGCGAAGCUACUUUUCUGGUGCAUGUUGUUGGGUCAUCACUUAAGAAGCUUAGAGAACCGAUUGCAUUUAAGCUGCGUGGUUGGUUUGUUAUGAGAUAGCAAAAAGAGAGGGACGUCGAAUGCAAAAGCAGCAAGAGUCGUGUAUAUAUACAUACAUAUAUAUAUAUAUAUAUAUAUUGUCUGAAGAUCAGUGUUGGACAAUUUUCUUUUAAUUUAUUUCUUCGAGACAGUUCAUUGUUGUUGUAAGAAGGUGAAGACAUCUGAGUAAUUCUAGAAAAGUGUAAGAUAUACUUGAUAGUUGAUACCUUAAUCAAGGUCUAAGGUCUCAUUCAAUGUAGAAAUUUCCAGUUCCCCA